AUGUCGGGAACCAAAAUCAACCCGACGACAGAGGUUAUUAGGGACCUGGAUGUCGUAGAAACCUGCAAGGCGACAAUCGAGAACAAUUGGACGGUACCGACAGUUCAAAGAAAGCCUACAUCGGACACAAUCUCUCCGACCCCAGAUAUGCCGGGGAUUCCGAAAGACAUCUACACUCACAAGCUGAACGUCGACCCACUUUAUCCGCCCGUAAGGCAGGUAAGAAGGAAAUUCAACGCUGCAAUCAACGAGGCGGUCAGUGAAGAGGUAGAUAAACUACUAGCCAACGGUGAUGCCUUCGGACUGAAAAACGCGGGUGCAACAUACCAAAGGUUGGUCACCAAGAUGUUCAAGGAACAACUUGGUAAGACAAUGGAGGUCUACAUCGACGACAUGCUAGUGAAGUCGGUUAAGAAGGAAGACCAUAUCGACCAUUUAAAGAAGGCCUUCGAGAUACUGAGGCAGUAUGGGAUGAAAUUGAACCCAGAAAAAUGCGCCUUCGGCGUAGCCUCGGGGAAAUUUCUAGGUUUCCUCGUAUCGCAACGAGGCAUCGAAGUCAACCCAGACCAGAUUAAGGCUAUAGACACAAUACCCGAGGUUCUGCACAGCAAGAAACAGUGUGCUGAAGAAAGAUCAUGGACUACAAUGGAACAAAGAAUGCAUCGAGGCCCUGAAGAAAUUGAAAGCAUACCUAUCUUCGCCACCACUGCUCGUCAAAGCAGACCCAGGCGAGUGCCUGCUUGUGUAUCUGGCAGUAUCCGAAGUCGCUGUCAGCGCCGUCUUGGUCCGCAAAAACAAAGGGAUACUGCCAGAGGUGGAACAAGAAGCCCUCCGCGCUUCUGCUCGUACUGA